AUAGUGCGUUUGGUAGGGAUUGAUAUGUCAUGAUACAUAACAAUAUUAUAAGUGUCUAAGAACACAAACUGUCACCUGAUUUACUUAAAGUUAUUAAAAAUAUUUAAAUAAUUAAAAGUAAUAAUUAAUCAAUAAAAUCUAUAACUUUAAAUAAAAUUAAUUGUUUAGACUAUAUAAAAUAUAUACUUAUUAUGUGGAAAAGUAUCUUGCGUGUUAUCAUUAGUUUGAUAAAAAAACAAACAAGUUAUUCAUUGAUAUGACGAAUAUUGUAAAUAAUUAAAAUAUUUAGAAAGAAAAAAAUAACCACUGUAAUAUGCAGUUUAAUUAAGACGAAUAAAAAUAUAAAUAAAGAUUUAAAAAUAUCAUGAAAUAUGUGGAAUAUAUUAAAUUUAAUUAAUUAUUUGAGUGUUAAAUUAUGGCACAAAAAUUAUACCUUUGGAAAGGUACAGAAAGAGUUAAUUUAAUAUUUGGUGAUGAACCUAAUGGUAUUAUUAAAAAAUUGGUUAAUAUAAAUAAUCAUAUAUUUGUGUCAACGACAACCUACAAUAUUUAUUGUGGUCAAGUUAUUGUUCUAGAAGAUCAAUCAUUAUCUGUGACACUUAAACGAAUUGAUUUUUAUGCUGUUGAUAUUGCAUCAAAUUCGAAAUAUUUGUUUAUAGUUGAUGAUCAUGGCCAUGUAUUGACAGUGGACCCAAAUAACUUGCAAGUUAUCGAUAAAAUUAUUAUAAAAGACGAUAUUAAAAUUUGCAGCCAUGGAUAUAAACAAGAAAAUGAAACAAUAAGAAUAAAAAAUAUAGCAAUAAGUGACACUGCGUCAUUAUUUGUAAGUGAAAAUGGACAAUUAUGGGGAAGUGGAGAUCAACCUCAUGUUGAUAUAAAAACUCAAACGCCAAAAAAAAUAAUAUUUUUUGAUGGACGUACAGUAUCUUUAGUAGCGUGUGGUUCAAAUUUUAACGUCGUGGUUGCUAGAAAAAUUUCAAAAGUAAUAAAAGACGAUACAGACAGUGAAAAUGAUAUUGAUGAAAUAUUUGUAAAUUCUUGUCCACAGUGUUUGCAAAAUAUAAUAACUCCGCAGAGUUUAACAUCCUCAGAUACUUGUGGUCUCCAUCCUGAAGAUAAUUCAGUUACUUCCAUAAGUCCUGUAUCAUUUAGUAUAAAAGGUCGUAAUUCAACUUCAAAAUCAACGAUUGGUAAUAAAACAUUUAUUAAUAAUAUUGAAUCAAUAGAUAAUGAUGAUAAAGAAAAAAAAAACCCAAUUUUUAUAAAUACUGAAGCAGCAAGACAAUUUUUAACACGACAGCUAUCAUGGGUUUCUUCUUAUAGUAAUAGUAAAGAAGAUGAGUACAUAUCUAAUCCAACUGGAUUAAUAAAACAAAAUGUGUCUAGCAUGGCUAAUUUAGUUUAUGAAGGAGUUAAAACAAUGGGAGAUAAAGUUGUAACAUUAUCACGUCACGUAAGUGGUAGUUCAGAUAUUAAUGAUUUACGUGAUGAUACAGGAGAAGAUUUUGAGCAUAAUGAAGAUGACAAUGAUAAACCCACUGCCAAUAGUUUAGCCCACAGUUUAAGAUGUGAAGAAUUUCCAUGGUCAUCAAGUACCGCAUCUUUAGAUCAUGAAUUAUCACAGCAAGGAUUAAAUGAACGUAUUAAUUCAUUAGUUGAUGCUGGAAAUAGUAUUCUUGGAACAGAAUUAUGGACAUAUGGUGAUAUACGUUUUGGCCAAUUGGGAACUGGUGAUAUUAUUAACAGAGCUAAACCAGUUUUAGUAAACAAAUUACACAAUACUGGAAUUAAAAAAAUAUCCUGUGGUUCAUAUCAUGUUUUAGCAUUAACAUUAGAUGGAAGAAUUUAUGGAUGGGGUAAAAAUGAUUGUCAUCAAGUGGCUCCAAAUGAAAUAAACGAUCAAAGCUCACCCCAAUUAAUUAAUUCUGUUAUUAAUAAUUAUUUUAAUAAUAAAAUACGUGCUAAAGAUUUAGCUGCAGGUAGUCGACAUAGUUUAAUAAAUUUCGACAAUAAUUUAUUUUUUAUUGGAAAAUCAAAUGAUGUCAAUGAAAUUGUAAAAUUAGAUAUGUCUGAUGACGAUUUAAAAUAUUGUAUUAAGUUUGUAUCAAGUUCAGGUGCAUUUAGUUGUUGCUCAAUCAUAAAUCAAGAGCUUCGUAUAGUAAUUAAUGAUUUAACGAAUGAAGAAAUUUUAUUAGAAGAAAUGAUUAUUGUUAAUCAACAUUUAAUAAAACCAUUUAAAAAAAAAAGUAAUACUACACAAGAAUCAAAUGCAUAUAACACACUAUGCCAUUGUUAUACAGAAUUAAUGAGUUUUAUAGCAUUAAAUGUGUUGAGUCUAUGUGAUUUUUCAAACUAUAUUUGUGAAGCAUAUGAAGUUACGUUAGUUGCAAAUGUCGAUGAGUUUAUAACAGUUUAUAGGUAUUAUUUGAAUGCUAUUUGUGAUAUUACAUCACUUGGUGGUUUUGUACAUAUAGCAAAAAUAAUGAAUGAAUUACCAUUGACUGUUGUACGUUUGUUUAAAGAUAAAGUUGUUGUUAAAUCGAAACAAAUACAAAAUGAAGAUUUAAUUGUAACAGCGUUGCAACAUCCUUUGCAACAAUUAAAUAGGUACAAAGUUAUGAUAUCAAAUUUAAUCAAAAGUAAUGGUACAAAUAUGGGUAUUGAGAGACUUCAAGAAGCUUUAGUUAAGUGGGAAAGAUUUAGUGACGAUCGUGAAAAACGUCAGAGAGAAGCAGAUCAAACAAAAACUUUUUGGGAAAAUUCUGGAAAAUUAAUAGAGCUUCUUAGAUCACCUGAGCGUCGUUUAAUACGAGAAUCCCGAUCACAUCCAAUUUCUCUUCUCAAUUCUAGUAGAUUUUCAUCACAUUGGUUCAUAUUAUUAACUGAUUGUUUUAUUCAUGUAAUUGGAACAUCGCAUACAGUGCAUCCAUUACCUACUUUAUGGGUUGAACCUUUAGCUGAUACUGAAACAUUAUUAAAUGCCAUAUCAAUAACAACACCAGAAGAUUAUUUUAUUAUUUACACUAGUACUGCUUCGGAACGAAAUGAAUGGUUACAAUCUUUGCAAAAUGCUAUCAAGAAUAGUCUGCAAAAAGUUGUUGGUCAUACACCGCCAAGAGAUCGUACCAGUACUUUUGUAUUUCUCAAGCAUCCAGUUUACAAAGAUGCUAAAUAUACCGGUCGAUGGUCGAAUGGUAAACCUCAUGGUUUUGGAAAAUUGGAGUGGGCUGAUGGAAAAUUGUAUACAGGGCAAUUUUAUAAGGGAGUUAUCAACGGUACUGGAAAAAUGGAAAUAUCUACUCAAGGUAUUUACGAGGGCGAAUGGAAAGAUGGUCAACAAAACGGCUAUGGUUCAUUCAAGUACAUUAACGGUGAUGUUUAUGAUGGAUAUUUUAAAGAUGGAUUACCUCAUGGCCAUGGUGUAAAAAAAGAAGGACAAUUUAUGGCAUCUGUUGCAACUGUUUAUAUUGGUGAAUGGAUGAAUGGUGUGAAAUAUGGAUAUGGUGUCAUGGAUAAUAUUCUGACAGGUGAGAAAUAUUUAGGACUAUGGAGUAAUAAUGUUAAACAUGGAUGUGGAUUGAUAGUAACAUUGGAUGGAAUUUAUUAUGAAGGAUCUUUUGUUCAAGACAUUAUGACGGGUCAUGGAUUGAUGAUCUUUGAAGAUAAAACACAUUAUGAAGGAGAGUUUAAAUCAGUAGGAAUUUUUGGUGGUAAAGGAAUAUUAACAUUUUGUUCAGGUGAUAUUCUAGAGGGUAACAUUCAUGGAGCUUGGAAUGAACCGGUUAAAGUUACAGCAACUUUAAAAAUUAAAAAAGCUAGUAUUUUUACUGAAGUUAAUGCAAUACCACCAUCAUUUGGUAAGUUAUGUGUACUACCAGAUCAAAAAUGGAAAGCAAUAUUUCGACAAUGUUAUCAACAACUUGGGGUAUCAGAGCCAAAUAUUCGUAAUGUUAAUUCAUCAUUAAAUAAUGAUAAAUUGUUGGAAUGCCAAAAAUUAUGGGAAAAUGUUGCAGUUAUUAUAAAUAAAUCACAUGAAAAAUCGUUACGUAGAGAUAGAUCACCAUCAAAAAAUACAGAGAAAAAAAAUAAUAAUGAUUUACUUAAUAAAAUUCCACAAUUUGGUCAAGAUAAAAUAACAUUAAUAAGUUAUAACGAAAUUCAUAAUUACUUAACAAAUGCAUUUGAAAGUCGUCAUCAUCCAUUAGGUAAUUUAUUAAUUGAAAUUUCGUCAGUAUAUACCGCAAGUUACGGAGGUGUUCGGGUUCAUCCAUUAUUGUUAAGCCAUGCUGUUGCUGAACUACGUAGUAUAACUUUGAGAAUAUAUGAUAUUGUUAUAUUAUUUUUCCCAGCACUACCAAGUGGCGAUAAAGAAUAUGUUUUAGAAACUGAUGAUCAAAGUGAAAGUAAAGUUAUAAGUGCCACAGCUAUAUUACAUCCAAUUUUACUACCUCGUGUACAUUCAGCAUUAUUUGUACUUUAUGCAUUACAUAAUAAAAAAGAGGACGAUGCUUAUUGGGAAAGAUUAAAAAAAUGGAAUAAACAACCAGAUAUAACUUUGAUGGCAUUUUUAGAUAUUGAUCAAAAAUUUUGGAGCAAAUCUAAUAUUACUUUGGAUGUAAAUGAUGGUGAAACAUCUUUUAUUGAAGCUAUUGAAACAUUGCAACAAUUAAAAACUACCUUCUCACCUUUAGAAAAACUUUUAGUUAUACGUAAUACAUUCGAACAAAUGACAAAGACAGUACAAAAACAAUUAGGUACAAGUUAUUUAUGGACGAUGGAUGAACUAUUUCCAGUAUUUAAUUUUGUAGUAGUGCGUGCUAGUGUUUUACAAUUAGGCAGUGAAUGCCAUUUUAUUGAAGAUUUUAUGGAGCCUUUUUUUCAAAAUGGUGAACUUGGAAUAAUGUUUACUACUUUGAAGGCUUGUUAUUAUCAAAUUCUACAAGAAAAAAUGAGUAUUGCUGAUUAAAAUGAAUAAAAAAUUGUAUAUUAUUGUUAUUAUUUAAAUAAUUAAGUUAAAAAAUAUUGUUAAAUGAAAGUAAAAAGAAAUUGAACGUAUG